AUCGUCCGGAGGAGGGAGCUUCAAAAAUUUCUCCACAUCAAAACGGUUGCCUCGGGAUAUUGAUAUCUCCAUCUCCUGAGCUGCGUGGGAAUGGUGGAAUUGGCCCGGCAUUGACAGAGACUAGACGGAGUGCCAGUGAAGAUCGACCUCGCGAUGCUUAAAAAGACAAAGUAAACCUCCCAUGGCACGGAUAGAAAAUAAAGGGAUAAAGAGCGAGUCCUGUGCGGUUGCAGUCAGAGGGCCUUCGGUUGUCGCGGGGCCCAAGAGGAAAGAGCAGCGGUCGCACGGUUGCCAGAUCUGCGCGAGACAUGCAAGACCGACAAUGGUUAUACGCAUGCCAGUCGUUGGACGCUCGCACUGGCGUCAAGAUCGCUAAUAUUCAAUUUCGUCGAACACCGAAAAUUCCCGUUGCAAGAGUAUUUCUUAACCCGCUCAAUUUUCACCGGUAAUACUUAUAUUAUGCUUUUCAAAAUGGAACACAAUCGAGUAAAGUUAAUUGUGCACGUGGAAAUCGCGUAAAGUAAAUCGAUCGCAAAUUACUACGAGCCUAGAACAACAAAAAUAAAUAUGGUGUGUGCGUUCUUGAAACAGUGAAUCAACAAGUGCCCAUCAGGGAGUGGUUGUACCCAGUGCUUAUUGCUACAAACCCUCAAAAAACGUGGAGUGACCAACGUAAAUGGUGUUUUACGUAUUUCUUUCGGAUGAAAGAGUGAAAUUAAGCCGCCCCCUGCGGCCCAGAGAACCAAUCGUCCAUGGCGGCUAGUGAAUAGGAACACCUCAUCUGGGCUUUUUUAUCCUCAAUUUCUUUUUUUUUUAACAUCUCACGUGCCCCUGUGUUUGGAUACAUCACGUUGACGCUGGCGACGCUGCGUAUUCCUCCAGCAUCAAGAUGGAAGUCGUUUAUAUCGACGAGAGAGAGGAUGUGCAGAAGAAGACAUUUGCAAAAUGGAUUAACUCACAACUCAUCAAGAAUAAUGAUGAGCCAGUGUCAGAUUUAUUCAUCGACCUGCGAGAUGGUAAUCGACUGCUCUCACUCCUGGAGGUUCUCACAUCGAAGACAUACAAGAGAGAACGUGGGCGAAUGCGAGUACAUCAUCUCAACAACGUUAAUAAGGCAUUACAAAUUUUAGAGCAGAAUAACGUUAAACUCGUGAACAUAAGCAGCAAUGAUAUUGUCGAUGGAAAUCCCAAAUUGAUACUUGGAUUGGUAUGGAGCAUAAUCCUCCACUGGCAGGUACACUAUCACUUGAAAGAUUUAAUGGCGGGACUUCAGCAAACGAAUUUGGAAAAAACUCUCCUCGCCUGGUGUCGUUUGAAUACCAAGAACUAUCCGGGGGUUGACAUAAAAAAUUUUACGACAUCAUGGACGGAUGGUCUUGCAUUCUGCGCACUUCUGCACAAAUGGCAACCACAGCUCUUCGAUUUCGAUAAUAUCGCUCGUAAACAUCCAAAUGCUCGGCUCGACCAUGCUUUUCGUCUUGCACAUGAUCAUUUAAAUAUUCAACGUCUCCUCGAUCCUGAAGAUGUCAAUACAGCCGUUCCAGACAAAAAGUCUAUCAUGGUGUACGUCAUGUGCCUUUUCCAAGAACUCUCUCAGCCAGAUGAUGAUAUCGGUGACAUUGAUAUAUCAGUGGCCAGUGAUUUGAGUCAAGCCACAACUCCUACGACUCCAGUCGCGGAAAACAGUGGGCUUUCUAUUGCAAAUUUAGGUCUUCCUGCCUCACGACCAAUGAGUCUAGCUACCAAUGUAUCUGUGGAGUUGGGGGGAUAUCAAGUGGCUCUGGAAGAGGUUCUUACCUGGUUAUUAGAGGCUGAAGACAAAUUGAGUCAUAUCUCGGAGCUGGGCCCAACCUUGGAAACUCUGAAAGAACAAUUCCACGAGCACGAGUCAUUUUUACUGGAGCUGUCGGGCCACCAGGAUGGGGUUGGAGCAGUUCUAGAAGAGGGUGCCAGGUUGUUGGCUGAAGGAGGCCUGCACAGGGAUGAGGAACAAGAAGUCCGUGUGCAGAUGUCUUUGUUGAAUUCCAGAUGGGAAGAGUUGAGGAUGAGAGCUAUGGACAGACAAUCCAAAAUCCAUGAGCUACUCCUGAGCAUGCAGCAGAAGCAGCUGGAUGAGUUGAAGCAGUGGCUGACGAAAACUGAGGACAGAAUUUCUCACAUGGCUGCUUCAGAAGUGAGCCAAGCAACCCUCGAUGAGCAAAUGAAACAACUACAGGAUCUCCAGAAAGAUGUAAAGAAAGAGCAGGUUGUGAUCGAUGCUGGAAGGAAUAUAAUCGUUAUUGUUGAUGAGGAUAACUCAGAGACAGUCUACGCCCAGAUGGAGGACCAGCUGGCAGCUCUCGACGAACGGUGGAAUCAUAUCUGCCAGUGGACGAAUGAACGAGCCGAGAAGCUCGAGUCAUUCACAACUGUGUGGAAGGAAUUCGUUGAUGAUUACAAGAAACUGCUGUCUUGGUUGAAUGAGACGGGAAUUACUCUGAGACAAAUGGAGGCAGUACCUGCUUCUGAGAUUGGAGAGUUUCUCGAGAGAAUCAGAAAGAUAAGGACACUCAAGAUGGAGAUGGAUGAUAAUCAGAAGAGGCUCAUCGAAUUACAGAAAUCCGUGCAGGAUAUUGGGGAUAAGGAGAUGACGCCUGAGUGCGCUGAUUUGCUGGAGAAAAUUGAGAAUCUUCAGGAUCAGUGGGAGGCUAUUGGGCAGAUCAUGGAGGUGCAGAGUCAAAGGAUAUCGAGCUCCGGCUUUGAUUUCCAACUUCAAACCGAGACUGAAACUCGAGUUGUGAAAAGCAACGACUGGAUGUCCGAAACCGUGACUAGUAUAGCCUAUCAACAAGAAUUAUCGGAUGCUCAACAUAGUGAUUCGAAAAAACGUCGCCUAGCUGGUGCCCGAUCGAGACAGGAUUUCGAGUCAGCAUUAUUGAACUUGUAUAAGUGGCUGGAUUACGUCGACCUCGAAAUAGGAAGAUCCGAGGGUGUAUUCGAUGAGCUGAGCGUCGAGGAGAAGAAAGUUGUUUACGAAGAAAGUUUGGCAGACGUUGAGGCGCACAGGGGUGAGUACGAGAAAGUCCUGGAUAUUGGAGAACAACUUGUGAAUGAGUUGAAAGAGGCUGGUGAGCAGUUUGGAGACGAAAUUAAGAAGAUUAAUGACAUCAAGAAUUGCUGGCAGGGGACGAAUAACAGACUCGGUGAGAUCAAGGAGAGAAUUGAUUUUCUCAUGGAUGUCAAACAAUUUCGCUCGGAAUUAUCAAGUUUGAAUUUAAUGCUCGAUGGAUACACGAAGUGGCUCGAGGGCAACAAGGAGAACACCCAGAUCGAACCAUUCAGGGUAAAGAUCAAGUCGAUGAAAUCCCACGAGGAGAGAGUCAAGAAGUUGCUGGAGAAGGUUGAAUUUUUAACGAAAAACACGGGCGAAGGGAGUGACAGUGGUGGCAUAGAGAACGACACUAGAGAAUUCAGUUCAAAGUGGGAACAAUUGCAUAAUAAACUGUCGACGAGACUGAAAGAGCUGAGCAGUGCUAUCGAUAAAACUCCUCCCAAGAAAUAUUCAGAGACAAUGGCAUUCCUCCUGUCAUUCAUAAAUAACGUUGAGGGGGUUUUAUUAUCUGAGGACACGGUGCUCUCGAACGAGAAAAAUAUGGAGGAGCAGUUGAAUAAACUGCAGGGCCUCCAUAACUCUGUCACAGAGCAUCACGAUAAAUUCAAUUAUGUUAACAAUACCGGACAGGAGUUGAUAUCGAAAAUUGGAGGGGAGCCUCAAGCCCACAGACUUAAGGAGGAGUUGCAGGAUUUGAACACCAAGUGGAGUGAUAUUCCUAUCAUUUUGGAAGAGCGUCAGCAAAAAUUAUCUAAAGAUAUUGAGUCGUUGAGGGAAUUUAAUGAUGAGUUUCGGAGUCUGGAGGAGUGGCUGGAAAAGUCGUCCAAGUAUUUGAAGGAAAUAUCUCAGGAUCAGUUGAUAACGGACGUGGAAACUACACAAUUUAAGCUUGAGCAGCUCAAGUCCCUCUCGGAGGACAUAAAUAAGACAAAGCCACGGGUUGAGGCACUGCAAACGACGACGAAUCACCUGCUUGAAAAUUCAGAGCCGAAAUUUUCGAGUGUUCUCAACAGUAGGCUUGAAGUGGUUUCGCAGAAAUGGCAUGGCGUUAUCGAUGGAGUGAAAUCCGAGAGGGAUAAAUACGAAGCGGCACUGAGGAAAAAUGACGAGAUUGUCAAUGGAAUUGAGGACUUUACCAAGUGGCUAUCAGCUCUGGAGAAGGAAAUCCCUCAGAGUUGUAAAAUUACAUCCUCGAUUGAGCUGUUUCAGAUACGCGGACGUUAUCAGAAUCUUAAGGAUAAAAUCGACAAACGAGUCGAGGAGUUUCGAAAUUUGAACGAAAUGGGAAAUGACAGGCUGUUGAGUUCAGAGGGCUCAUCUGUUCAAGAGCUCGGGAGACGUUUCACCUUCUUGAAUGCACGCUGGACCGAUGUUACUGAUCGUAUUUACGAGAGAUAUAGACAAUUGCAAAAUGCUAGUCACGAGUACGGGGAAUUUAGGGCACUAGUUGCACAGGAGAGUGACUGGCUGGAUAAAUUGGAAAAGAGAUUGAAGAAAUCGAGUAAGGGAGCUGCUGACGCUGAGGAAAUUUCUGAGGAGCUUGACGAUUUAGAGAAUUAUAUUCGAAAUCGGCCGGAGUCACGACGAGUGAAAAUUCAGGAGAUUGGAAAACAGCUCGGUGAGACUGACAUCAUGAUGAGUUCCAUUGAAAGUGAUGUUGAGGGUUUAGAGAAUCGAUGGACUGAUCUCAGUAAAAAGGCAGGGGAGCGAGCCCAGCUGCUGGAGGGAUCAGUGAGACAGGCGCAACAGUCAGAGGGGAGAAUACUAGCCCUGCAACAUUCUCUAACUCAAGUAGACUCUGUAUUAACAGCACGUCUUGACAGUGACUUGACAGCUGAUGAUUUGCCUCAUGAUUACCAGAAACUAAUAGAAGAAAUGGAUGGACAGGAGACAACUCUCCACGAGAUGAAAUCGCAAAUAGAAAUUUAUGAAAAUUCUGGCAAGCAUGAGGCUGCGAGCCGCCUCAGAGAACAAAUGACCUUAAUUGAACAGAAGUUCUUGGAAGUUCAGAGGAAGUUUCAACGUUUUCGUUCACCCUCUAAUUUGGAACCCAGAUUAUCACGAGCAUUGCGCGAACUUCGGGGUAUUGAAGAGGCCACUUGUUUAUUGGAACUUGCCUCGGAGGAUCCUGAGGCAAUUGAGGGUCAAUUGAAGCAUUGUCUCAGAUUCUACCAGACCCUGAGUGAAAUAAAGAGUGAAAUCGAGAGUAUAAUCGUAAUCGGGAGAAAACUUGUGGAAGAAAAUAGUGUCUCAGAGCCCGAUAAAUUCUCCAAAAGGAUCGAUACUCUGAAAGAAUUAUACAACAAACUUGGUCAGAGGAUAACAGAAUCAAAAUCGAUCCUCGAAUCCGCUCUCGAGUUAUCCCGAGAUAUGUACAAACAUAUGACGUACUUAAACAUGGCCAUUGAGAGCAUAAAUAGAGAACUAGAUACCCAGAAAAAUAUGCCAGAUCUUCCUGUCAAUGCAAUCUACGUCACUGAGACACUCACAGAAGUCCUGCCAAGACUGAAUGCUGUUAAGGAGAAACUGUUCCGGAGUCAGGAUGAAUUUUUGAAACUUUGUGAUCCAUCGUAUUUGGAGCAGCUCAAGGAGAGACUAACGGAUAUUAUAACGAGGCUGUCGAGCACGGAGAAGAGACUGAGGCAAAUAUCAUCGAGUGAGGAUGAGCCGAAUGUCGAUGAAAUUAAUGCCUGGCUUUUACAAAUUGAAGAGAAAAUCAAUAAAUUAUGCGAUGUACCUGCUGAGGACAUUGACAAGGAGCAUAUUGAGAGAUGCAAGGGAAUCCAGUCAGACAUGACAGAGGUAACUCCCCGAGUAUCUCAACUGCAACGCUACACUUUUUACCCGAAAGUGGCUGCUGUCUGCGACAAAUGGGACAAGCUUACACGAAAGCUCCAGGGUUGGAUGUUCAAGGUGACUGAUAACAUAGCAUUAAAGUGCGAGAGAUACGAUAUUGGUAGGGGGAGAGACCCUGGACAGGAUAGAUUAAGAGAAUUCGAGAAAUACUCGAUUAAUGUCGAUCAAAAUACUGGUGGACUAGAGUACAUUAAUCCAAUUUUCCAUAAUUACUCAUCCGACAAUCAGAGGUACUAUGAGAGAAUAGAGAGAGUCCGAGGGAGAGUCACAGACGUUAACAGUAUGAUAGAGCAUAGGUUCGAGAUGAAUGAAGUACCAGAUGUUGUAAAGACAGCGCAAAAUAUUGAUUAUUUGGAGGAUGAGGAGGAAUUCUUCCUCUCAAAAAAUAGUAAAUUAUUCUCUCAGGUCUCUGCCAAUACAUUAACAGCAGUUGAGUCACCUGAUAUUCAGUCGAAUCCCCUCCGAGUUGUGGAAGUGAGGGAAAUUGAAAUAAUUAAGGGUAUAGCAGCCCCAGGUGAGCGUGUUGUCUUGCCAAAGGCUAAUGUGCAUUUCGGGCAGAAACCACUUGUGGUCGAAAGGGUGGAAAUACUUGAGGAUACUGAGACCGAACCCGAGUCUGUUGACACUGAUCCUGAGGAGAAGGAUGGGGGAGUUCAAGUGAAUCCUCGGUUUCAUGGAAUGAAAAGAGAAAUAGUACCUAUCUUGAAGAGGAAAAAUAUAAGCAAACCUUCGGCUGGUCCCAAGAAAUUGACCCUUCGUUUGCAUGAGGACGAGAUCUCCUCGGAGUCUUCAGUCGGUUAUCGGAUGUCUCAAGAUGGAGAUAAUUGUGGGAGAUAUACUGGUACCUCGUGGAAGGACGAAGCGAGUGUUGCUGAGUAUUUAAUAUUGGAUGAGGAUGAAGGAGGUCGUCCAUCGGAGAUACGCGAGGAAGGGACUGAAAAUAAAAGGGUAGAGUUAAGGGGCAUGCUUCAUAAACAACAGGAUGACGUUAAGACAGGGAAAAUUGGCGUUGUUAAUAGAGAUGAUAAUAAGGGGAAGAGAUCCAUUGCUGUGAGAAGAUUAAAGGGUCUUUCCUUGGAUGAUACCAAGGAGGAUUGCGAGAGUUUUUACGGCAGUGAUAAAGAGACUGACGACGCUCUGAUAUUUUCGGAUGAUACUGAGAUUGACGCCAGUAGUGAUAGUAGCUCAGAUGGGGAUACUAGCUCUGUGAGGGGUAAUGAAAACUUCGUGAAUAAGUCGACGGCUGAGAGGGUGGAAAGAAUUCCCCAGAAACCGGAGCUCAAGUCUCAUGUCGAUGGGAAAGACGUACGCAGCUCCAACUCAUCAAAAAUUGCAUUAGAACGUGAUAUCAUUGAGUUCGAGCAAGCUGCACAGCUCAUGUCGAGGAGAAUAGACGUUAUGCUAAUGACUGUUGGUGCUGUCUCCAAUGAGAAGGAUCCCUCCGAGCGGCUUGAGGUUUUGAAAAACGAAGUGAGUAGUCUUGCACCGGACGCGGCUUCUCUAAUAAGUCGCGGGGACGGUCUAGUAAUGAAAGUUCACAUGCUGGACCCGGGACGCGCGGAAAAAAUAAAAAAUGAACACCAGGAUAAACUCCGUAGCAAAUGGCAUCAAGUGAUGACCGAAGUUGACUCCCGGCGCGUUCAAGCUCAAAAAGCUGAGCAAUUGCUAAAACAAUACAACAAACUAAUAAGUGACUUCGAAAAAUGGUUCCGUGAGGUGCCUGCAAAGUUGGAACAAGCGAACAAUUACGAGAAGCAAUUGGAGAGCUUUACCGAGGAGUUCGAUGCUAAGCAAGAGGAGAUAGAAAAGUUGAACAAUUUGUGCAACGAGUUGAAGAAACUCAAUGUUGGGUACCCAGAGGCUAUUCGUUACAGUAUAAACACAAGGUGGCACGAGAUAAGCUCUCAAUUUAAAAGGUACAGUGGCAGCAAAGACAAGGAGAAAGUAGCGGACAAAAAGAUGGAAUUGCAGGAGGUUGGCAGUGCCUCAGCUCUUGAUUUCGCCACGAGAUCAAAUAAACUGAGGGAGGCUAUAUCCACAAUAUCACGUUCAUUAAACUCAACUCCAUUGAAUGGCAAAGAUUACGAACUCUUCUUGAGUCAGGAGGAGUGUUUACGAAAAAUGAGUAAUGCAUUAAGUAUAUUGAGACCAAGCGUCGAGGAGAUGGGUUAUCUGUCUGAAAGUGCAGCAUUAAGCAUAAAAAAAGAGACAAGUGAUCAAGCGAAACGUUUGGCUGAGAAAUUGAGGGAGGAAUGGCUGACAGUCAAUCGUAAUUACACCGAGAGAUACAAUCGCUGGGUUAAGUGCUCCCAGAAAUGGAGGGAGGUCGAUCACUCUUGUUGGAUGUUCACUGAGUACAUGGACAAGUCGACCGAGAUAUUGAAAAAAGUAUCACCGAAAAAAUCGGGAGGCGUUCUCCCAGAGAUGGAGCAUGAGAUACAGCAGAUGCAGAAAAUGUUUGGCUCCAUUGGCACAUUGCAUGCUGAUAUUUUGUCUCGUUCGUCCCCUGAGGAUAUUACUGAAUUACAAACUACUGUUGAUCAUGCAAAACAUCGAUGGCACCAGUUAUUGGCUGAGUUCAAUGCCCUCAAAGAAAAGUACACCGCCAUGGAGAAAAAAGUAAAUAACAAAGAGGCCAUUCUACAAUCCGCCAAGAAUAGUAUUGGACGUGUCAGUGCGCUCUUGGACUCCAGUGCAAAUCCUUCGGAUGACACGUCCCUGUCCAUCAGGUUAUCCAUGAUAAAGGCAAGGGAGGAGGAACUUGGCGCUCAGAAAAACGAGCUAGAGAGCCUGAAGAGUCAUUCGCAUAAUUCGGAUGAUGAGCAGUUGCUCGGGCUUCUGAGGGAAAUUGCAACGGGUCAGAGCAAUCUAUCCUGCCACCGAGAUUAUGUGCAGAAUAAAUUGAUUUCGAUCAAAAAGUAUAUUAAUAGCUUGGAUAGUGUCAUGGGUUGGGUUAUGGAGACAAGCACUAGGAUUAAUAUUUCACGAGAGCUGCCUGGGACUGAAAGGGAGCAAGUUCUUGACGGCAUUAUGGUGGAAGUGAAGGAUCGAGAGACGGAAGUAAAGGAGGUGCUUGAGAAUUACACAAAUUUAGAGAAAGAGUGUGAAGCUGCUAAGCAACCAGUCUCUGUAGAACUUCAGGAGAAGCUGAAGAAAUUACGUGAGGACUGGCAUCAUGUGAAAAAUCGUGGCGAGGUCGCGGAGAGUGAAGGCCCGAGUCUGACCCCAGUGAGAGCCAGGGAGACGGAGAGGAAUGUUGGAGCGAGCCCGACGGAGUUGCGGGAACAAGUAGUCACUCCCGUCGUCUCGGCAGCCUCGAUCCCACAGGCCAACACUAGCCACGAGACAUCAGUGUCGACAUCAGCCUCAACCCUUGUCGCUGGCCUCGAUAAAUCAGUUCUUCAGAUCCGCGACUGGUUGACCCUCGAGGAGGAGAUGCUGCGCCAGCAGUCAGUGUCCGUCGGCGAUGUCGACGAAAUUCUUCAGCUCAUCGACAAGCAAAAAAAUGUUCUCAGAGAGCUGGAACAGAAAAAACCACAGCUGGAUGAGCUCGUACACACGGCAGAGAAUCUCCGAGCUGAUACCAAUCGCCAACAAUUGCACGGGAAGGUUACAAAGCUGCGCGAGCACUGGGACGAGACAAAUUCAAAAGUUAUGCAGCGAAAGACGCAAUUGGAUGCAAUGUUGGGUGACAGUCAGAGAUACGAGGCGAAGAGAAAUGAGGUGGAAGUGUGGAUCGAUCGAAUGGAGCUCAGGCUUACGAGAAUGCGAUCUGUGGGACACACUGCUGAUGUUCUCGAGGCACAGCUCAGAGAGCAGAAGUCGUAUCACGCUGAACUCCAUCAAUACAAGCAUCAAAUCGAGCUGUUCAACCAAUUAACGCAGAAACUAAUAGCCGUGUACCAGCAGGAUGACACAACACGAGUUAAAAAAAUGACUGAAACGAUCAAUCAACGCUAUAACAAUUUAAAUACCAGCAUCAUAAACCGUGGAAAGCUGUUGCACUCAGCGAUGAAUUCACUUCACAAUUUCGAUCGCUCAUUGGAUAAGUUUCUGGCCUGGCUGAGUGAAGCUGAAUCCUCGAUGGAAGGACUGGAGGCUGAGGCUGAUAGACUGGGGAGCAGAAGGGAUCAAGGGGCACUCAGACGACCUCAACAUCAACUAAAGGACCUGCAGUCUGAAAUCGAGACACACAGAGAUGUUUACGCAUCGCUAAAUGGAACAGGACGUAAACUCCUGGGUUCAUUAGCCAGUCAGGAUGACGCUGUUAUGUUGCAACGGAGACUGGAUGAAAUGAAUCAGAGGUGGCAUCAUUUGAAGGCGAAAAGCAUGGCAAUUAGGAAUCGACUGGAGAGUAACGCGGAGCACUGGAAUGCCCUAUUGCUGUCUCUGCGUGAGCUCAUAGAAUGGGUCAUAAGGAAGGAUACUGAGCUCACGGGACUGGGCCCUGUCUGCGGUGAUAUUGCCACAUUGCAAAAACAACAGGAUGAUUACCGAGGCUUUCGGAGACAGCUAGAAGACAAACGACCCGUCAUUGAGCACAACUUACACAGCGGGCGACAACACGUUGCCAAUGAACCACCACUCUCCGACACAUCUGAUUCUGAAGGUCGAGAACUUGACGGUGACUCAAGGGGCUACAGAAGUGCCGAGGAGCAGGCUCACGAAUUAACCCGAAGUAUUCGACGUGAGGUGAACAAACUCUCAGAGCAGUGGAACUCCCUGAUCGAACGUAGUGAUGCAUGGAAACGAAAACUCGACGAUACUACAGCAAAAAUGUGCGUUUUUCAAAAGGCACUGGAGGAGCUUUCAUCGAGAAUGGCCGGGGCUGAGGCAAUUCAGAGUGGCUGGCAGAGUCCCGCUGAAGCAUCAGAGGCGGGAGAGAUGUUGGAGCAAUUGCAAAAGUUUGGUGACAGAUUGGGACCCAUUCAGAGAAACAUCGAGGAAGCCAAUGACCAAGCUAGUUUGUUUGCUUCGAGUAGUGUCAUAGUAUCUCAUGCCCUAUUAGCUAAACUCGAGGAUCUCAAUACAAGAUGGAAAGUGUUGCAGUUAGGAGUGGACGAUAGAUACAAAGUACUAAGUGGAUACGGUAAAGAUGGUAGCACUCCAGGUAGUCAGGCUUUCCUCGCUGGUAGCGUCGAGCCACCAUGGGAGAGAGCCCUCACGCCCGCCAAAGUGCCUUACUACAUAAAUCAUCAGUUAGAGACAACCCACUGGGAUCAUCCAAAGAUGAUCGAUCUGAUGGCCUCUCUAGCGGACCUCAACGAAGUCCGUUUCUCAGCAUACAGAACAGCAAUGAAACUGCGAACAGUUCAGAAGAGACUCUGCCUCGACAUGCUAAGUCUCUCGACUGCCCUCGAGCACUUCGACUCGCACGGUUUACGCGCCCAAAAUGACAAAUUAAUCGACAUACCCGACAUGAUAACAGUACUGACUUCACUCUACGAAGUCAUAGCUGCUGAUAAUCCUAUCCAGGUAUCUGUCCCCUUGUGCAUCGAUCUCGCUAUAAACUGGCUUCUCAAUGUUUACGACAGCCAGAGAACAGGACAGAUACGUGUUCUCUCCUUCAAAGUUGGUCUCGUUUUACUGUGCAAGGGUCAUCUCGAGGAGAAGUAUAGAUAUCUCUUCCGAUUGAUAGCCGACCCCAACAGACUUGUUGACCAGCGUAAACUUGGUCUUCUCCUUCACGACUGCAUUCAAGUACCCAGACAACUCGGUGAAGUCGCUGCCUUUGGUGGCUCCAACAUCGAACCAAGUGUUCGCUCUUGCUUCGAAAAGGCUGGUAAGGAUAAGAACGAGAUCGAAGCCGUUCAUUUUCUCAGUUGGCUCCAGCAGGAGCCCCAGAGCAUGGUGUGGCUUCCAGUGCUGCACAGACUGGCUGCUGCUGAAACUGCUAAACAUCAAGCUAAAUGCAAUAUCUGCAAGGAGUAUCCUAUUGUUGGCUUCAGAUACAGGUGCCUCAAGUGCUUCAACUUCGACAUGUGUCAGAGCUGUUUCUUCUCGGGGAGAAAAGCAAAAAAUCACAAGCUUACUCAUCCAAUGCAGGAGUACUGUACAGCCACUACUUCUGGUGAAGAUGUUAGGGACUUUACCAGAGCUUUGAGGAAUAAGUUCAAAUCGAAACGGUACUUUAAAAAGCAUCCUAGGGUGGGUUAUUUACCGGUCCAGACAGUACUCGAAGGGGAUGCCCUGGAGAGUCCAGCUCCAUCACCCCAGCAUAGCACACUCAGUCAGGAUAUGCAUUCGCGACUUGAAAUGUAUGCAUCGAGGCUCGCUGAGGUUGAAUUGUCAAGGACUCGGAGUAAUUCUACACCGGAUAGCGACGACGAACAUCAGCUCAUUGCUCAUUACUGUCACAGUUUGAAUGGCAGUGAUAAUAUCAAUGCUCCCAGGAGUCCCGUCCAGGUGAUGGCUGCCAUUGAUGCUGAACAGAGGGAGGAACUCGAGGCGAUGAUCAGGGAGCUCGAGGAGGAGAAUGCAACGCUUCAGGCCGAGUAUGAGAGACUCAGCUCCAAGCAGACACCUGGAUCAACCCCUGAGGAUGGACAUGGCAGGCAGCCUGACUGUGAUAUGAUUGCUGAGGCCAAAUUACUCCGACAGCACAAGGGGAGGCUAGAGGCACGCAUGCAGAUUCUUGAAGAUCAUAAUCGUCAGCUAGAGGCGCAACUCCAGCGACUCAGGCAACUCCUUGAAGAGCCAAACGCAUCCUCUCCAUCAAAGACUGGCACGCUUCAGACGAGGAGUGUGACAGCCUCGCAAUUAGCCACCGAUUCACCGGCUAAAGUCAAUGGCCACUAUCAUGACAACUCAGGUGGAGGAGGCGCGGGUGAGGGACGCGUUAGCAGUUUAGAAAGACCACCACCACCACCGCAUUCCCACAACUCAUCUCAUAAUGUGGGCAAUCUUUUGCAUAUGGCAGGGGACUUGGGAAAAGUAGUUGGUGAACUAGUGACAGUGAUGACGGAGGAGAGUCCAAAGACUAACGGUCAGCGAGCACCUCCCGCUUUUAAAUAAAUAAAUCCAAAAAAAAAAUCAGUACGAAACGCAUAUCUUUGAACAUAACAUACCACAGGUUGUUCCAAAAAAAACACGAUAAAAAGAAUAUAAAACAAUACUGUUUACUGUUUAAGUUGUAAUGAGACCUGUUAACCAAAUAAUUCAUCCCGAGAACUCAGUCGAAUAGUCAGAGACAAUGGCAAUUGAAAUGAAAAUGUAAGGAGUUUAGAUAAAACUUUAGUGUUAUUGACAAAAUAAUAAAAUGACCAAGAAUGAUAAUCUGACUGAAACGCAUAUCAGAGACACAAAAUCUUGAAAAAAAUAAAUAAAUAAAUAAAUAAACUUCUCAGAGUAAUGCAGGGUCAGGGAAUCCCACCCAUCUUUUACAAUGGUGAUUUUUUGAAUAUUUUAUAAGUUUUUGAUAUUUGGCCAUUGUAUAGCUGACACGAUAAAUAAUCAAUUGGCAAUUAAGAUUCCCUGUAUCGGUGAAAACGAAAGAACAAAACUAAUCGAGAGAUGAAGGAUGAGAAAAUGUUUUAAUGGAUACCUAUUGACUUGUCAUAUCACGAAAAAUUAUUGAUUAAAUGAAGAAAAAAUCAUAAUUGUUAUGCUUGCUAGAUAAACUAUACUAAAAUGUAACGAUUACAAAUAUUAUAAAUGAAAAGAAGUGAAACAAAAAUACUAACAAUGCAUGCAAGAAAAGCAAUGUAUCAAAUUACGUAUUCGAUAUAGAUCGUAAGAAUGCGUUGCGUUUUAAUACCCAUUCUGUUCACUGCCACUGGCGCUUCCUCGACGUAAAAAGUUGACGAGUAUUAUCCCUCAUAAAUCAUAUCCGAGCAGAGACAUGAACAUUUUGUAGCCAUAAAAAUCUUUAUUAAGCAGCUCUGAAAACACCAGUGGAUACUAUAUUUUUCCUUGGAUAUUAUAAUAUGUAACAUCGACACAAUCACUCUUUAAUUGUCAUUUUCAAUCAGUUAAUCCAUGAGAGUCGCAUUCAAUCUUGACGUCGAGGAUACAUAAGGCUUUUUUCUAAUU